AUGGAGCAAAUCCUCCUGGAUUCUUUGUCUAGGGCACAUGAUGGACUGGAAGUGACUGGGAGCAAUCAGCAUGGAUUUACAAAGGACAAACCCUGCUUGAGCAACCUGAUAGCUUUCUGUGAUGAGAUGAUUGCUAUGCAGCCGAUGGGAAAGCAGUUGAGUGUGCCUGAAAGCACGCCUUUCACCGCGGUCCUGAAGUUUGCUGCGGAAGAAUUCAAAGUUCCUGCAGCAACAAGUGCUAUUAUAACAAAUGACGGAAUAGGAAUAAACCCUGCACAGACAGCAGGAAAUGUAUUUCUAAAGCAUGGUUCAGAUCUACGGAUUAUUCCCAGAGAUCGAGUUGGGAGUUCUUAA